AUGGCAAGUCAAGAAUCAAAGUCCGCCAGCGGUAGCGGACCUACUCAGUGUGUCGGUCCGUUGUAUCGUUCAGAAAGCCAGAAGCCCACGGCCACUGUCUCGACUGAGAUCAAGUUAGACAACGUUGUUGUCUUGUCCCAAACGCCUCAACUUAUUGCCCUUCUCACCAUCAUCAGAGACAAGAACACGGAGCGCGGUGACUUCAUCUUCUACUCCAACCGCAUCAUUCGCCUGCUCGUGGAGGAAGGACUGAACCAUUUGCCUACCGUUGAGCAUGACGUGACAACACCCAUUGGUCGGACUUACUCUGGCCUUAUGUUCCAAGGCAAAAUUUGCGGCGUAUCCAUCAUGCGUGCUGGCGAGGCCAUGGAGCAAGGUUUACGCGACUGCUGCCGCUCUGUCAGAAUCGGCAAGAUCUUGAUCCAGCGCGAUGAGGAGACAGCUCAGCCGAAACUGUUCUACGACAAGCUGCCAGAGGAUAUCGCCCAGCGCUGGGUCCUCCUUCUCGAUCCCAUGUUUGCCACUGGUGGGUCCGCCAUCAUGGCAGUCCAGGUCCUCAAGGCUCGUGGUGUUCCCGAGGACCGCAUUCUGUUCCUGAACCUCAUUGCGAGCCCUGAGGGUAUCCAGAACUUUACCGCAAAGUUCCCCAAAUUGAGAGUUGUCACGGCAUUUGUCGACCAGGGUCUGGACGAAAAGAACUACAUCAUCCCCGGCCUCGGCGAUUUUGGGGACAGGUUCUACACUGUUUGA